ACAGGAAGAAUUCACAGGAAUUCAGAACCUAAAGCUGCUGUGCUGUGGUAUUGUAUUUGAAAAACAAAGAAAAGGAAGACAAUCCAGUGAAUAGGACAUUUAUUUAUGUGAUAGGUAUUUAUGAGUGUUUGUUGAAACCGCUUUGAACUAAAAGCACUGAACUUGACCUCUGGUUGAGCAAAUACGAGUGAAUCUGUGAAAGUGAAAGUAAGUAGGCUGUCUGAGACGAGGAGGAGCAGACAAGCGCGGGAGAAGUCAACAGAAUGGCUGCCAACGCAUCACAAUCUGAAGUGGAUUUCACCUGCCCUGUGUGCUGUGACAUAUUCAAGGAUCCCGUUGUCUUGUUGUGCGGCCACAGCUUCUGUAAGUACUGUCUUCAGGAGUGGUGGAGACAGAGUAGACUCCAGACAUGCCCAGUCUGUAAGGAAAUAUUUCCAAUGACUCAGCCUCCACGGAAUCUGGCACUAAGAAACCUGUCCGACACCUUGAGACGAGAGAGGAGUCAGAGAGCGAAUUCAGGAUCUAAGGAGAUUUGCAGUCUGCAUGGUGAGAAACUCAAACUCUUCUGUGUGGAUGAUCAGCAGCUCAUCUGUGUGAUUUGCAGGGAUGCUCAAAAACAUAAGAAACACAAAUACAUCCCCCUCAGUGAAGCAGCGGAAGCCCAUAGGACCAAACUCAAGGUUGAACUGAUGCACUUAAAGAGCAAACUGGGGUCAUUUAAUGCACAUAAACUUAACUAUGAUAAAAUGGCCAGCCACAUCAAGCUCCAGGCUCAGCAGACAGAGAAGACGAUCAAAGAAGAGUUUCUGACGCUUUACCAGUUCCUGCGAGCAGAGGAGGCUGCUAGGAUUGAUGCAGUGAGGAAGGAGUCGGUGCUUAAGAGUGAAGCAAUGAACAUCAGGAUUGUUAAUUUGACUGCUGAGAUCUCCUCGCUCACACACAAAACUGAAACCAUAGAGCGGGAGAUGAAAGCUGAAGACUUCUCAUUUAUGCUGAAUGUCAAAUCCACUAUGAAGCGAUCCCAAUGCACCCUGCCAGAACCAGAGACCCCUUCAGGAGCCCUGAUCGACGAGGCGAAACACCUUGGGAAUGUGCUGUUCACAGUCUGGCUGAAGAUGAAGAAUAUAGUCCAAUACACUCCUGUAAUUCUGGACCCCAACACUGGCUACUCGCUAUUGGCCAUAUCAGAACACCUGACUCGUUCAACCAAAAGAGACAAAAGUCAGCAGCUUCCUUAUAACCCAGAAAGGAGUAGAGGUGAAGGCGUUGCUGGCUCUGAAGGCUUUAGCUCUGGAAAACACAGCUGGGAUGUGGAGGUGGGGGGUUAUUGGGCUGUUGGUGUGGCUGCUACUGGUGCUGAUGCUGACAUUUACAGAGGUAGAAAGUUCUGGGGCAUCUACAUGUGUAGUUGCACUGACAUUCUGCGUGAGCAUACUCCAUACGAAUAUAUGAAAAUUGUAUCUGAAGAUUUGUUUCCCCACAAGGUCAGAGUGCAGCUAGAUUAUGACAAAGGAAUUCUGUCAUUCUUUGACCUUGAUAGGAAGACACUUGUACACACCAUCAAAUACACUUUCACAGAAAUGGUCUUUCCCUGUUUUAAAGACAAUGCAAAAAUCCUUCCAGCUGAAUUGUCAGUCAGGGUAAGACAACCCAGAUAAACAUUUAGCAACAACAAGAGGCGGCCUUGAAACAGCCUUAUUUUGGGGCUUUAUGGGUUAAAAAUACCACCUAUCUUGGCAAAUCCUGGACUUGUUACCAAAUUAAGAAUGUGUGUUAUGAUUACUUUAUACAUUUUUUAAAGUGUUGUCAGCUAACAUGCAGGCUUCUAGAUCCUAAUGAAUGAUGCUAUUUAUUUGCAUUGUGGGAAAUGUUAGAUUCAGUGCUUUUGCAGGAUGACCCUUCUUAUUUUAAUCGAACUCUUGUGAGCAGCCUAACUUUAUGGAAAUACAAUACCAAAUCAAAUUCAUUGAAUGUUUUAAAUGAUUUACAGUAGAGCUGUGUAUCUGUUUUAAUUUUUUAUUCUCAUUUAAUUUUAUGAUGUACUGUAAAAUACAUUUAUCAAUGGUAUGAU